AUUAUCUGAUGGCUAAUGAACGCAUGAACCUGAUGAACAUGGCAAAACUGAGUAUCAAGGGAUUGAUUGAAUCGGCGCUUAAUCUGGGCAGGACGCUGGACUCCGACUAUGCACCUCUUCAGCAGUUCUUCGUUGUGAUGGAACACUGCCUCAAACAUGGCUUGAAAGCCAAAAAGACUUUUCUUGGGCAAAACAAAUCAUUUUGGGGACCUCUGGAACUAGUAGAAAAACUUGUUCCCGAAGCUGCAGAAAUUACAGCAAGUGUUAAGGAUCUCCCAGGGCUGAAGACACCUGUGGGUAGAGGAAGAGCUUGGCUUCGCCUGGCUCUAAUGCAGAAGAAACUCUCAGAAUACAUGAAAGCCUUGAUUAACAGAAAAGAUCUUCUCAGUGAAUUUUAUGAACCUAAUGCACUGAUGAUGGAAGAAGAAGGUGCGAUCAUUGCUGGCCUCCUAGUAGGUCUGAAUGUCAUCGAUGCAAACUUCUGCAUGAAGGGAGAAGACCUGGACUCUCAGGUUGGAGUUAUUGAUUUCUCAAUGUAUUUGAAAGAUGGUAACAGCACGAAAGGCAGUGAAGGAGAUGGUCAGAUAACUGCUAUUCUGGACCAGAAGAACUAUGUAGAAGAACUUAACAGACAUUUAAGUGCUACAGUAAACAAUCUACAGGCCAAGGUGGAUGCCUUAGAAAAAUCCAACACUAAACUGACCGAGGAGCUUGCGGUUGCAAACAACAGGAUUAUUACACUGCAAGAAGAGAUGGAACGGGUUAAAGAAGAAAGUUCUUACAUCUUAGAGUCCAAUCGCAAGGUAGGUGUCACUAAAGACAGAACUGCUGAUGGUCAGGCACUGACUGAAGCACGGAAACAGUUAAAGGAGGAGACUCAGCUGCGGCUGGAUGUGGAGAAAGAGCUGGAGGUGCAGAUCGGGAUGCGACAGGAGAUGGAACUUGCCAUGAAGAUGCUGGAGAAAGAUGUUUGUGAGAAGCAAGAUGCGCUGGUGGCACUCAGACAGCAACUGGAUGAUCUCAGGGCCCUAAAGCAUGAACUGUCUUUCAAGCUGCAGAGUUCAGACAUGGGAGUGAAACAGAAGAGUGAAUUAAACAGCCGUUUGGAAGAGAAAACAAAUCAGAUGGCUGCCACCAUCAAACAGCUUGAACAAAGUGAAAAGGAUUUGGUGAAACAGGCAAAAACCUUAAAUAGUGCAGCAAACAAACUGAUCCAGAAGCAUCAUUAGACAUGUUUAUGUCUGGUGACCUCACAGCUCUGACAUCAGAACUCAUUUAUGAGGGGAGAACUUGAGAAUUGCUAAAAGCAACUGUUAAAAUAUUAAUUGUCACCUAAAGUUGAUUUGGAGUUUGCUGAAUUUUUAAAAUCAGUGAGGUUUUUCUUCAGAGAUUUAGGGUUGGGUAUAAAAAUCCCUAAAUUUGCCAUUUAAACUGUGUUAAAAGUACCAAGGAGUUGGCCAAUAAACACACCAGAAAAGCAUAAGGAAUGGGAGACAUGUGGCUCUGUCCAUCCCAGUGAUGCACACGGUAUAGAGCAGCACAAGUCUGCAACAUUUCUGGAUACUAGGUGCUUUGGUCAAGCCAAUUCCAGAUUGGCCAGCUCUGGAAAGUCAACUAGUUUUCUGUGUUACCCUUUUUGUGAAGUAGACGAACAAAAAUACAUCCCUGGAAGUUGUUGAAAGUAGUUGUGUGCGUUACCCCAAGCCGUUACCCGUUCACUUCUGUGGGUUCAGCCCCGAGUCCAAGACAAACGGGCACAACUCGAUAGCUCAUCACCGUGAAGACCAGCCCUCUUGUAACCGAGACUGCUUGCAACGAUUUUGCCUUAGUGACUUGGUGGGAGGGUGGGGACUUAAUCCUUAUUCCUUUAAACUUCAUGUGUCCAGAAUUAGUAGCUAGGUGUCUUUAGAGUAACAUGAUAGAGUGGUAAGUUCAGUGGAAACCUCCUUAUCUUUGCAUUGCCUUCUACCUCUGCCAUGAAUUCCCCUCUAGACGUACGUUGUGGUUCUUCCCGACUGAAGGAAGCUGAGGAGAGGUGUUUUGAUAGGUCUCUCAUCUUCCCAAAAAAGGAAGUUAUACGUUUUACAAAGAAUAAUCUGAUCUUUAUACUCCAGUGUUUGAAAGAAACAGGAAAAAAAAAGAAGGAACAAAACUAAAUGGGCA